AUAGGUGUUGCUCUUCUUCGUGCCCAUGAAGCUCGCGAUCGUGCUAUCAUGGUAGCCAAUCUGGAUCGAGUUACAUUUUGGAGUUGUGCACACACUCUCGUUCUUCUAGGUGUUGGCGCUUUACAGGUUUUUAUGAUCCGAAGUUGUGUUAUUCACCCUUAUCGUAGCCUUUGGCAGAUCGAUCUGCUCUACUAA